AUGGCAAAGCACUCUGCGAAGAAGGCUGGAAAGGAAAACAUUAACAAAGGGACUCGACAGACGAAGCACAGCAAGGAGAAGCCUGACUUAGAUGUCUUGAACGACCCUAGGAUUCUCGAAGCAGCACUGGCUGCUCUGGAGCAAAAGUAUGAUGUCGAGAACUGCACUGUGUACAGCGCAAUUCCAGCACGACUCCGACAGCAGGAAGAACAGUUGCGGCAAGAGAAAGCAGCAAACGAAGAAAAAGAUCGUGAUCUGGCCAAGCUCCGGAGCAUGCUACAAAAGCACAAUAGUGAUGACAAAGGCACCGAGAUGGUUGACGUUACUGAGGUGCAGGUGGCCUUGCAGGCAGCCCACGAUAGAAACUCCGCACUAGAGGAAGAAUUAGCGACUUUGAAGUCUCAGUCUGAGCAGCGACAGACAAUACCUCGCCCUCGGGGUAACAAAUGGACCCUGGAGAUUGAGAUGGACCUAUUACCAGGCGAGACACGCUCACGAGCUCAUGCUGUGUUUUUGAUGAUUCAACGUGGUUGCCGCCAGAUGUAUCACCGUGCUCAUAUCAACAAAUCACUAGCCUGGGAUGACGUCCCCACCGGAGAGCGUGCCAAGCUACUAGCAGCGUUAAACGAACAGUUCCCCCUGCUCAAAGACUAUGAGAACGACUGGGCCACCAUUGCAAUUCUCCGUCAAUAUAUGAAAAAUCUACGCAGUCAGGCAUACCGUUCGGGUGAGCUUGAGGUACCUGACCAGUAUCACUAUCUUCGGCUCAACUCCGCCAAACGCGAUCCGUCUGGAUCCCGUACCAAGAGAAUCAAGUCGGUCCUCACUGGCGCCCACCGCUCGAAAUCUUCGAAAUCCAAAAAGAGCGCCAAAAAGACGGUUCGGCAAAAGAGUUCGGCAUACAGCUCAAAGCAGAGGAUUAGCGUGAGUGAGGAGGAUGUAUCCGAGUCGGAGGAACUUGAGGACGAAAUGGAGGUGGACAGAAGCGGGACCACUGAGAACGAGAUGAGCGAUUGA